UGCAUAUAAAAGCGGAGAUGUGGUAUGACGUUUCAUUCGUUAAUCCGCAACAUCAUAUGUCAAUUGCAGCCUCCUCUUUCUUAACUUACUUCAAGCGAACCUAAAUUAUCCGGCAUCUUCAGCGAGCAUUACCGUUCUUUGUUUCCAGUCAUGCUGUACACCUAGCCUAAGUAGCUUCGAAUCAACUUCUGACUUCAGGGUCAAGAUGGCGCCGCCUGUGGUUCUGGUCAUUGCCGGUUCCGACAGCUCCGGAGGAGCGGGCCUUGAAGCAGAUCAAAAAGUACUUGCUGCUCAUGGCUGCUAUGCCAUGACCGCUACGACAGCGCUGACCGCCCAAAACACGAUGGGCGUUGAUGAUGUUCAUGUUACGCCUCCGGCAUUCGUCGCCAAACAGAUCGAUUCGUGUCUCUCGGAUAUUCCGUGUGAUGCAGUCAAGCUUGGCAUGCUUGCUUCGGCCGAGACCAUCAGAGUCGUGGCAGAUGCCCUCCAGAGACACAAGGUUACUCCGAUUGUGCUUGAUCCUGUCAUGGUCUCAACCAGCGGAGCACAACUUCUUCCUGGAGACGCCAUUCGCAAUCUCCGCGAGAGACUGUUGCCCAUCACAACACUCUUGACGCCCAACAUCCCCGAAGCAACUCUGCUCCUUCGAGACGCCGACAUUCAAUACAAAUCACCUUCCGGACUCGAAGAUCUAAAAGUCCUAGCCAAGAUGGUCCACGCAUUAGGACCGGAAGCCGUCCUUCUGAAGGGCGGACACAUGCCCCUGACGAAGGACUACCUCAAAGCCACCACGGACGAGGAAAAGUCACGCACCGUCGACAUCCUUUACGACGGCAAAGACUACACACUCAUCGAAUCACCCUACCUCACAUCCAAAAACACCCACGGCACAGGUUGCUCGCUCGCCAGCGCAAUAGCCUCAAACAUGGCCCUCCAGAAACAAAGCAAAACAACAAUCUCACUACCGAUAGCAACCCGCCUGGCAGUCCGCUACGUCGCACGCGGGAUAGAGACCUCACACCCAGACCUAGGAAAAGGCUCUGGACCAAUCAACCACUUCCACAACGUACAAGUCCUACCCUUCUCUUCCGGCCAUUUCAUCGAGUACUUACUCUCCCACCCAUCCGUGGUGGGCGUCUGGGAGAAAUACACGCACCACCCCUUCGCCACAGCCAUGGCGCGCGGCACGCUGCCCGAGGGACUGUUCAAAAACUACCUGAUCCAAGACUACUUGUAUCUCACGCACUUUGCGCGCACACAUGCAUUAGCAGCAUACAAAUCGCGCACCAUGCCCGCCAUCACCGCCUCAGCGAAUAUAAUCCUGCACAUCGAGCGCGAAAUGGCCCUACAUCUAUCCUACUGCGCCGAAUUCGGGAUAAGUAAAGCUGAUAUCGAGCGGCCCGACCGAAGAGAGAGUUUGGCUUGCGUCGCGUACAGCCGGUACGUUCUUGACGUGGGCCAGAGUGAGGAUUGGUUGGCGAUACAAAUGGCGCUGGCGCCGUGCUUGUUGGGCUACGGCGAGGCGGCGAGGAGGUUGUAUAAGGACCCGGAGAGUAAGACGACGGAGCAGGGAAACAAGUACUGGCGGUGGGUGGAGAAUUACGUCGCGGAGGAUUAUACCGAGGCUGUGACUGUCGGGAGAGAUCUAAUCGAGUCGCAUAUCGCGAAACAGUCGCCGUCGCGGAUCGAGGAGCUCAUUGCCAUCUUCGUGCGGGCGACGGAGAUGGAAGUUCGGUUUUGGGACUUCGACGCCCAUCCGGAUGAAUGAAGGAGUAACUACAGUAGGAAAAAAAGCAAACAUGAAAUCUUGG